CAUCUGUAUGUUCUCACACUGCUGCAUGAUGCAUUUGUCUCUGUUAACACACAUCUAGUGUGUGAACAUAGCAUAUAUACUCACUUAUGGCAAGGUAUUGUAUGUAUACUGUGGAGGUGCUUUAUGAAAUGUUCCUAAUGUGUAAUAACACAGUGUAACCUAAAUAUUCUUCACCACAGAAACAAAUACAUCACCUUGGUUUCAAAAGCACGUAUCUGUCAUGUAUCAAGAACCAUUAUUCAAAACUCAAACUGAGUAAAUUCAGUGCAUAUUUUGCACAUAUAUGUUCAGAUGUAGCGGAUUCUUUUCUACAGUCCAAGUUACCAUUUGUAGUCCUUGAAAAUGCUGUUGAAGGUUACCAGGAAGUAAAAUGUUAGAAAAUAAUUCUUAAGUGAUAUGUUUUGCAAAGAUAUCUUUACUUAAGGUUCGCCAUUAAGUAUCUAAGAGGAUACAGCCUGACAGUGUUUUGUUAAUUUGUCAGUGAAAGAAUCAAAUUAUCUUUGUUUUAAAAAUUACCCAGAUUUUCAUCUUGUAGAGACUCAUAUCUAUUUUUUUUAAACAAAAACACUUUUGUUCAAGUUAUACCUGUUUCCAUAAUGACAUUUUAUCAUAUUUUUUUACUUUGAUCAUUGCUGAUAUAAUCACAAAUGACUUGUUACCUUGACAAAUAUUGUUUUCAGAUUUAUAACAAAAACAAAAUUAUGACACUGAAAAAAUAAGUAAAUAAUAAUUCCUGUACCAGACUAUGGCUCACGUGUUAACUGUGGCAAAUGUGUUACCCUUUGCUGGAAAUGUCAAAAUGAUAUUUUGUGAACCCUUUAUCACCCAUAUUUUCUGUAUUUUAUAGUUGCAUUAUUUAUUUAAUAUUGUAAGGAAUAAGGAAUUUUGCUCUUAUUGUCUAUAAUUAGAUAUUAUUGGAUAUGCACACCUUUUUUUCAGUGUUACUGUUUUUAUCCAUGUGUUGACUAGUUACAUUUAUUAGUUCAUCAUUAUGUGGCUAGAUGUCUGGAAUUAGAUUUUGUUAGAUUUACUAAACAUAUUUCAACUCUCCGCAGUGUUUAAAACAGAAUAGGAAGAUAAAAUACAAUUAAUUUAAUUUCUCUAUAAAUUUACCCAAUUCAGAAACGUGUUGUAAUAUGUUAUAUUUUUAAAAAGAAUAACAUGUUUUUAAAAAGAACAAUUGCAGAGUGCUUUGAGAUUCUCAGCUCCAUCUGACGGUGGCAGCAGUGUGUUGACAGAAACAUUACCUACAGUAUGUACAUCCACCAGAUGUGGCUCUAAUUCACAUUGUAAAAGCUUAAUGAAUUCCUGAGUGAUUUCCCUCGCUUUUGUCUGUGACACCCCAUUAUCAUUUUCUCAAUUAAUUGCCACAUUUCUUUGCAAUGUAACAUAAAGUUUGUUCCUCUACUUCCUGAGACAUCAGAGUGAGUGACAUGCUGUUAAGAAGUUAUCUAAAUCCUGCUCAGUCCCCUUCUGCCCCCAGUCCUAUACCCCUGUAGGUGGCAGUGAGAGGUGACAGGUAGAAGGUGACACAUUCACUGCACUGUAUCCUAUUUUAAGGAUAAAUGUUUUGUAUCUGUCAUUUUUCAAUACAGUUUUCUUGAUUCACAAAUAAAUCCAAAGACAUGAUUUAAACAGAAAUGUAUAGAGUGGAAAAAAAUGCGACUUUAAUGUUAAUUUUUUGUUGAGGCUGUCAAAAGGUGCUGGUUCACCUCUCAAAUGUUCCACUUUGGACAUUUAUGAGGCCAUAAUUUGUUGUGUGGAUGGACACUAUAAAUCCUUGCAGAUCAUGCACCCAUAAAAUACUGCAUGAUGCAUUGUUAGUUUAACCAACCUCGGAUCAUUGUACAUGCUACAGUUGCUUUAAUUUUAAAUGUCAUCACUGCUGCCAUCACAACACUUUCUACAUCCAGAACUUUCAGUCCCCUCAGUCCCCAUCAUCUAUGACUGUGAGUCACAAUGACGUGUACUUGGUGAGAGGAUGGAAGACGUUAGAAUGGACUAUUGGCCACUUGUUGAUGUUUAGGGCCAAACUCCUCCCUACAGAAUAUAACAGUCCGCAACACAUUAACUAUCAAUCACAGCCUAUCCAUUGAACUUACUACUGCAGAGCCUAGCUACAUUUUCAACAAGCCUUACUAGCCAGGGAACCAUUAAUCAGUUUUAGGUCUCACCAACCUAAUUGGCCGUCACACAGCAGUGUGGAGGAGUCCUCUAUGCAGUAUGAGCAGCAUGUUUCAGGAGAUCUUGGCCUUUAUUGUAAGCACUUUGGGGUGGGUGCUGGUGUCUUCCACCUUGCCGACGGACUACUGGAAGGUGUCUUCACUUGAUGGAACAGUCAUCACCACGGCUACUUACUGGUCCAAUCUGUGGAAGACAUGUGUCACUGAUUCAACUGGAGUCUCCAACUGCAAAGACUUUCCCUCGAUGCUGGCACUGGAUGGCUACAUCCAAGCAUGCAGGGGACUGAUGAUUGCAGCCAUCUGUCUAGGUUUUUUUGGUUCUAUAUUUGCCCUUGUUGGAAUGAAAUGCACUAAAAUCGGAGGAACUGACAAAAACAAAGCCGGCAUUGCCUGCUUUGCCGGUGUAAAUUUCAUUCUUAGUGGCCUCUGCUCACUCUCAGCGUGCUCCCUCUAUGCACACCGGAUAACAUCAGAGUUUUUCGACCCAAUGUUUGUGGCACAGAAGUAUGAACUGGGAGCUGCUCUCUUUAUCGGCUGGGCUGGUUCUAUCCUCUGCAUCCUCGGAGGCACCAUGCUCUGCUUCUCCAUCGCAGAUUCUUUUACCAAAAGCCAUAGUCAGGAAAACUAUAUCUACAAAGGUGCUGCAUCUCAUUCUCAUAUCUCCUCCUACCCGAGAGGGCAGGCGAAGUCUAUAAACCACAGGCCUCCUCCAGACUACAGCAACUCCUCCAGGAUGCAGCACUUUGAUAAGAAUGCAUAUGUGUGAGGGAUGUGAAUAUAAAACACUAGUCGAUGCCACUGGCAAGUCUUAAAAGAUAUACUGAAUACUAAGUGUAAAAGAUAAAGCAUACAGUGUGAAACUUGGUGGUUUCUGUUUAACAGCAGCAGAAUUUGCUGAUAUUGAUCUGUGGUUUACCACAGUGGAAUUAAGUUUAAAAUAUUUACAUGUUUCUUCCAGGGGUACAAAUUUAAAGUUGUAUGAUACAGUUUACUCUCUGAUCUUGGGGAAUUUAUAUUUUCUAUACAGUAACAGACAACUCCUUUAUUUGGCAGUUCUACAUAUUACUGUGCAUAGGAUGUUAGGAUUAUUAUAAUUAAACAGCAAAAUCAAAAACAUUUAGUCCAAAAUGGUCCUUCCUAAUCAAAUUUUUGCAUAAUUUUCUAUGUUUUUUUUUAGAUGUCAGUGUGUAAUAUUUUAUAAGACAUUUCCAUUGUUGGUUGUAACUUUAACUGUACGUCACCUGCUCAUGGUGUUAGUCUGCGAUGGCUAUAUUUAAAACUGUGUCAAACACAGAUUCUCUUGUUUUCAAUGACAUAACCAUUAACUAUGAUUUUGUAAUAAGCAAACUUGAAGAAGAUCAAAACAGGGCUGUAUGACAUGUGUGACAAAUGAUGAAAAGGCUCCGUUUUUUAGCAGAGUAUAUGACUAGAAAUAAAACAGAUUUUAAAAAAUGA